AUGCACUCACGGGGCUACGUUCAUGGAGAUAUUCAUCUUCGCAAUAUCCUGGUUAAAUUGCCAUCGGGUUUUGAUCACUUUUCGGUUGAGCAGCUAUAUGAAGAGUAUGGCGAGCCUGAGACAAUUUCCAUCACACGACGUGAUGGGAAGCAGCUUCCACCAAAUGCUCCAUCGAAGGCAGUAAUCCCUCUUUAUCUUGGGAAAAAUGCAGAGGAUUUUGAGCUGCCUGACACGCACGUACUCCUCUGUGAUUCUGGUGAGGCAUUUGCCCCAGACCUGGACCCUCGUCGCGGUAAAGACUGCCACACACCGUUAGCAAUGCGACCUCCAGAAGCCCAGUUUGAACCAGAGGCACCUCUCUCAUAUUCAGCGGACAUCUGGAGCUUGGCCAUAGCGAUCUGGGAAAUUCUUGGCAUGCAGCCGAUUUUCAGCACUUCAUUUAUGUCUGCAGAUGAACUAAUAUCACAACAAAUUGAUGUGCUAGGACCUUUACCCUCGGAUUGGUGGAUGCGCUGGCAGGAGCGAAGCCAAUUUUUUGACAGCAACGGGCGCCCAAAAGAGGGGCGCUAUGUCUGGUCUGGAAUUGAAUUGGCUUUUGAGGGAUGUGUACAGGAGUAUCGACGAGAACGUGGUUGUGAGUUUGACAAGGAAGAAGCAACUGCCAUCAUUGAUUUGUUUCGCCGAAUGUUGGUAAUUCGGCCCGAAGAACGGCCAACAAUCAAGGAGGUCCUACAGUCGGAGUGGAUGGUCAAAUGGGCGUUGCCUCAAUUAAAGCGAGAUACGCAGACGAUGUAG